GACUGCUCCCCUGCACCCUGUCCUUUCUGUUUUCCAGCAUGGUGUGUCUGUGUUUUCUUGGAGGCUCCUGGAUGACAGCUCUGAUGCUGAUACUGAUGGUGCUGAACCCUCCCUUGGCUUGGGCCAGGGACACCCCACCACAUUUCGUGAAGAUGUUUAAGGCCGAGUGCCAUUUCACCAACGGGACGGAGCGGGUGCGGCUUCUGGCGAGAAGCAUCUAUAACCGGGAGGAGUUCGUGCGCUUCGACAGCGACGUGGGGGAGUUCCGGGCGGUCACGGAGCUCGGGCGGCGCGACGCUGAGUCCUGGAACCGGCAGAAGGAGCUCUUGGAGCAGAGGCGGGCCGCGGUGGACACCUACUGCAGACACAACUACCGGGUGGGCGAGAGCUUCACGGUGCAGCGGCGAGUCGAGCCUACAGUGACUGUGUAUCCUACGAAGACUCAGACCUUGCAGCAUCACAACCUCCUGGUCUGCUCUGUGAAUGGUUUCUAUCCAGGCCACAUUGAAGUCAGGUGGCUCCGGAAUGGCCAGGAAGAGGAAGCUGGGGUUGUGUCCACAGGCCUAAUCCGUAAUGGAGACUGGACCUUCCAGAUCCUGGUGAUGCUGGAGAUAGUUCCUCAGAGCGGAGAGGUCUACACCUGCCAAGUGGAGCACCCAAGUUUGACAAGCCCUGUCACCGUGGAAUGGAGGGCACAGUCUGAUUCUGCACAGAGCAAGAUGCUGAGUGGAAUCGGGGGCUUUGUCCUGGGUCUGCUCUUCCUUGCAGUGGGGCUGUUCAUCUACUUCAGAAAUCAGAAGGGACACUCUGGACUUCAGCCAACAGGACUCCUGAGCUGAAGUGGAGAUGGUGACCCUCAAGAAAAAACCUUCCUUUCCAGCUUCUUCUCAGAGUCCAAAGGUUUCCAGCUUGGCUCUUAUUCUUCUACAAAUACAGCGCUUUCUCAGGAUCUGGUUUGCCCUGGCUUCAGUGACCCUGCACAGCUUGUGUUCCCCAAUGGCUCCCUCUGCCCUGUCCUUGACCUGGAACCCCCAGUGCUGACUGCAGUACCUUAUCUGCAUUCUCUCCUUCUUCUUCCUAUGCAGCCCUUAUGUUUCCCUUGCAUGGGAACUCACCUUCUGCUCAUGUUUCUUUAUAAGCUUUUCUCAAAUAAAUGUGGAUUG